AUGGCCAUAUUUUUAACUCUACCGAUUUCUCAGACACUACCUCGUUCCCACUGUUCUCUUCAGUGUAACAAAGGUGUUUGCAUGAAAUAUCUCAAUGAGAAGCGAUUUUUUUGUCGAUGCCACUCCGGUUGGUCUGGUGCACAAUGUCAUCUUCAGAUCAAUUGUACUAACUGUUCAUCGAAUUCAAUCUGUGUUGGCUCAAUUCAAAAUCAACCCAUCUGUGUUUGUCCUUUUCGCAAGUUCGGUUCGCGUUGUCUGACCGAUCUAUCAUGUCCAGAAAAUUUUUGCGAAAACAAUGGUCGAUGUGUAGUAGCCGAUGGGAGAAUGACCGAGGAAAGCUAUGCAUGCAUUUGUCCUGAAGGAUUUUUCGGCACAAAAUGUGAAGAAAUCAAAUCUAAAAUAGAAGUUUCCUUUCAAAAUAUCAAAGUUCCAUUGUACGCAUUCGCCUAUAUAUAUUCUGAUGUAGAGUAUAUGCAACCAAGUCCGAUACAUGUCAUACUUCAGAAAGUAAAAAUGUUUCAGAACAUUAUUACAUUCUAUUCGCGAUUUCGGUUCCAAAUGGUUAUUCUCAAGACUAAUGUUGAUUAUUAUUUAGCUGUGCUUCAGCCAUAUACAUUACAAAACAUAUCAACAACGAUUAGUCCAGCACAACAAUGUGUUCCGUAUCAGAAACUGUUCAGUCCUGAGUUACUUGCAUUACCACGAAUUCAUCGAUUAAAAAGUUAUCAUGUUCCAUGUCAAAACAACGUUAAGUUACAAUGUUUUAUUGACGAAUUUUACAUGUGUCUAUGUACUGUAGAACAUCUCAGUAAUUGUUUUUUAUUUGAUUCGGAUAUGUCUCUUGUGUGUAAAGACGAUGUUUAUUGUGAAAAUGGUGGAAAAUGUUUGCAAGAUAGACAAGAGUGUCCGGAGAGUAUUCUAUGUGUAUGCAGCGAUUGUUUCUUCGGUAAUCGCUGUCAAUUUUAUGCCAAAGCUAUCGGAUUGACAUUGGAUGACAUACUGCGCUAUGCAAUUCAACCAAAUAUAACAAUCCCCAACCAGUCCGCUGUCAUUAAAUGGAGUGCAGCUCUCGUUAUGCUCAUAUUUAUAAUUGGUUUAUUGAAUAGUCUUCUCACGUAUAUGAUAUUUCAUCAUCCGAAUUCUCGUCGAAUCGGUUCGGGAAUGUAUCUGCAUCUAUCAUCAAUCAUGUCUGGUCUUGUUGUUAGUCUAUUGACAAUCAAAUUCUGGUUCGUUGUAGCUACUCAUAUUAAUCAAUCGGUGGAUCGUCGUAUUCUUCACGGAGGCUGUAUAUCAAUUGAGAUAGCUCUCAAACUUUGUUUGCAUAUCAGCAAUUGGCUCCAUGCUUGUGUGACCACUGAGCGAGUCAUAACAGUUAUAAAAGGAAUCAAUUUUAAUAAGAGCAAGAGUAAACGCGUUGCAACAUGGAUAAUUUGGCUUUUACCAUUUGUCAUUCUGGGUUCGAUGAGUUAUGAGUUCAUCUAUCGGAGUUUGUUCGAUGAUUAUGAGGAGCAACGUAUUUGGUGUGUAUUUCAUUAUUCUCAAUCGGUGCAAAAAUACAUUACAGCUAUUCAAAUGUUUCAUUUUAUUAUUCCGUUUUCGAUCAAUCUACUCGCUUCUAUCUUUAUCAUAUUCAGUUUGGCUCGACGCCGAGCAGGACUUCAAAUUGGGCACCGUUAUACACGACAAGUUCUUUCACAAUUCAAAGAACACAAACAGCUUGUUGUCAGUCCUAUUGUGUUGGUGAUUCUAUCAUUUCCUCGACUUUUAAUGUCAUUAUUUUCUGGAUGUGUGAAAGUGUCUCGAAUUCCUCAUUUAUAUCUAAUUGGCUAUUUUGUUUCAUUUAUUCCACCAGCUUCUAUCUUUCUUGUGUUUGUUGCUCCGUCAACAUCGUACAAGGCACUAUUUAAAAAGGCGAUUGUCGGUUGGCGACGGUGUGUGUUUCGUUCAUGA